AUGUUCCAGCCUGACUGGGCGCUCGAAGACCCCCAGACCGAAGAUGCAUACGACCCAGCAACACUAGAUUUCACCUGGGACGACCUCAUCGACCUCGACUACGCAGACCAAGCACCACAAACCACAUCUCUUAACCACCACAUAAACGUCCACGACUGGCUCGACGGCGCAUCUGCUCCUCCCUCGCCCUGCACUCACUGCACCCAGGCUCGUCUACAAUGCCUGGUCCUACGCACCGUCGCCGCCGCAAACCCAAACCCCAUCCGCGCGUGCUCCAGCUGCGUCGCCCUGUUCCGCGAGUGCAGUCUGGCUGUAGGCGAGAAGCGACAGCCGUCGGAGUUUGAGACGCUGGCGCCGAUAUACGGGCACAUGCAUGGGCUGGCCGAGGAGGACAACCACGGUGAACCAGAACCAGAGCAAGAACCGGAGCGAGACCGAGAGCGAGACCGGGGAGACCACACGCAUGUGUCGUCGUUGCGAAGAGGAGGCCGAGUGCUCCGAAACUGGUUCCAUCGGCAUCACGAAUACCCAUACCCAACUGACGACGAGAAAGAUGCGCUGGCGCACGAGUCCGGGCUCAGUAAGCGACAGGUUGCAAACUGGUUUUCUAAUGCGCGACGCCGACACAAACAGCAGCAUCACGCGAGGCAGGAUAGCAGCAACAACAGCAGCAUUGCACAGCGUCUCCACCGCUCUGGCUCGCCUGUUCCCCCGAGAUCCAGUGGGUUUGCGCUGAUGACGAUGAUGACGCCUAUGGAGAGAUGGCAGAGCUCGCCGCCGGAUAGCGAGCCGGUGUCUGAGUCGGCGAUUCAGAAUGCGAUUAUCGCCUCGUCGCAGCUUGAUUUUCCUGCGACAAGGCGCCCUCUGGAGGCUUCGACGGAUGAUGCUAGUUCUUCGCGGGUCAGCUCAUCCAGGUCGAGUCUGGCUGGGUAUUCAGAGUCCUCGGGGAGCAUGACAUCGGCAUGGAGCAACCAGUCUGGGACGAUAGCAUGCGAUAUCAUUCAGAACCAAAGACGACGACGACGACAACGGCGGGGAGCCCACACACCUAUUCAAGACCAUCUAUACCAGUGCACAUUCUGUCGGUACUCGUCCAAGAAGCGACACGACUGGGCGCGGCACGAGCGCAGCGUGCACCUCUCCCUCGAGUCCUGGUUAUGUACUCCUGACCUGGAAGCUGUGCGCACAGCUGUUUUUUCUUCAUCUCAAACAUGCGCCCUCUGCGGCGAGGCCAAUAUCUCGGCCACGCAUUUUGACGACGUCCACGAUUUUGCCAUUUGCGCAGACCGUCCUGUUGCCGAUCGCACCUUUGGCCGCAAAGAUCAUUUCUGGCAGCACCUGCAAAAGUUUCACCGCUGUACUACUACUACUACUACUACUACUACUACUACUACUACUACUACUACCACUUCUAUUACUUGUGCCCCUAGUAAUAGCGAAAGAAAUUCAGAAGACGUGCUGCAGCGUCUCGACCGGCUCUGUCGCUCGCAGCGGCAGACCCAAGUGCGCUCGCGCUGCGGGUUCUGUGAGGGUAUGCUGCAGACGUGGGAGCAGCGCGCGCAGCAUCUGGCGGAGCAUUUCAAGCAAGGGUUUCGCAUGAGCCAGUGGCACGGGGAUUGGGGGGUAGAUGUAGAGUUGAGGGGGGUUAUUGUUCCGUGGGAGAGGUGA